AUGGGAUGCGCUUCUUCCGUCCCACGAAAAAGCGUACAUCAGAUUGAAGAGAAGAAACGGCCAAGCAAGGACAAGGAUAAUCGUGUCAAGGGGGAGAGGAGUGAUACCUCAGAAACCGAGUCCGACCCUUAUGUCCUACAUACAACUGCUGCACCACCUCUAAUUCUCGGAAGCAAAACCCCAAUGAUGUCAACAGAAAUGUCAUUGGAUGGAUUCCAAAUUAGAGAUUCCCCAAGCUUCUUUAAUCCACUAGAAAAACCAACAAUAUUCGAAUACGAGUUCCAACAGCAUAUAGGUCAUGGUUCUGCUUCCGAUGUAUUUUUGGUUAAAAACCAGGAAACAGGAAUCAUGUACGCAGCAAAAGUUUACGAUCAAGAUUAUUUAUAUCGUAUGUCAAUAGGUGAAUCCGUACCACCGAUCGAGAAGGUUUCACGUGAAAUUCAAUUAAUGUCAGAAAUUAAUCAUCCCAAUAUAGUUCCUUUGAUUGAAAUCCUGGACGAUCAGCCUACACAUUCAUUAAUUAUUAUACUCCCCUUUGCAGAAAAAGGUUCCCUCUCUAAGAGUAGUUGGAAAGCAGAUCCGCUUCCAGAAGCGGAAGCUAAAAACACCUUUAGACAGAUUGCCUCCGCUCUUCAAUAUUUACAUUCUUUAGAUAUUAUUCACCGAGAUUUAAAACCGGAAAACAUCUUAUGUUUCGCAGAUGGUCAUUCUGCUAUUAGCGAUUUUUCAGUCUCCUUAAAAUUAGAAGAUCCUAACGAAAUGCUCGAAGAUACAGAAGGUACGCCAGUUUUUUACUCCCCUGAGCAAUGCUCUGGCGAGCCUUACCUCGGAAAACCGGCAGAUUGUUGGGCGUUCGGUAUUGUUCUCUACCUCAUGAUUUUUGGAAAGCUACCGUUUUUCGAGGCUGAUGAUGAGGAAAUAUAUAGAACGCACUUUUUUCAUAUCUCUCAGGUUAUCAGUACGGAAGAACUUACAUACCCUGACACUAGUAAUUUGUCGAAUGAACUCGUGGAUCUUUUCCAUCACAUAUUAGAUAGAAAUCCUGCUACGCGAUAUAAUAUGGACCAAAUUUGUUCUCACAAAUGGUUCAGCUAUGAUGAAUAG